AUGGCUUUAUUCCUUCCUAUUCUUUUAGGUGCUCCUAUUGGUUAUUUCACCUGGUCAAAAGUGUUUGAUGCAGUUGACGAUCGUGUCUAUCGAAUCACACAAUCAGCCAAUAGCAACAACGCCGCCCCAAUAUUUGCCUUAGGAUGUUCACUGUUGUCAGCAGGUCUUUUGGGCAAAUUAACCUUUCCACAAGCUACUCGACAUAGAUUGUUUUUCGCGAAAGCACCCGCCAACAGCAAUAUACGUAUAGUAACCUUGAAAUUAGGGUUUGAAUUGUUAGCCAGAGCAGGCAUCGUUUUUUAUGGCGCAGCAACUGGAGGAGCCAUUGGAGGGCGAUUGAUGGCACAGAAAAACCGUGGAUAA